ACUUGUGCACAGAAGAAGGGGGAGAUAAGUGUUCCGCUCCUGCUGGUGCGUGGUGAAAUCCCUGAGCCCCCCGAGGAGGCACCCGUGGGGACCGCUGGGCACCGAGAAUUACCAGAGGCAGGGAGCUCAAACUGCGGAACUACGAGCCCGAAGAUGAGGAGCUGAAGAAGAGGAAGGUGCCCCAGGCCAAGCCAGCCUCAGGUGGGUGCAAGCGGGAGUGUGGGAGGUGAAAUGAGGGAGCACAAAAGCAGAAGUGUUGCCAGUGGUGGUGCUGGUGCCUGCGGUGAGGCCCCCGCUGCUUUGCUCUGGUCCAGAGGCUUGCAGGCAAGGCAGAUCAUGCAGAGCUCUUUGCAGGGAUUCACUGACUGCUGUAAUGAGCCUCUCUCUAACAGCACAUCCUACCUCCUCCAGCUGGUGAGCCUCCUUCCCCAGUGGUGUUCCCAGAGAGAAUGAGGCAGCACUUGGUGGUCGUGACGACAAAUAAAACAGCACGGGACUGUGCAUCCAGCCAGCAUGCUGCAGAGUGGAUGGGUUUUACCCUUUCCAAAAAUGAGGUGGCUUGGAAACCUCUGUGUUCCUGCUUGCUCCAACCCAAGGUGGAAAAGCCACUGGGAUGUAUUCUGGUAGAAGCUUGCUUGUGUGAGGGUGGUAGGUCCUAGGAGAUGAGUGUCUGCAGCCCUUGAGGGUGCUGGCAUGUCUGAGCAGCCAUGGUGGGAGCACUGGAGCUCUCCUGCUGCUGCUGGGCAAGUGUGAUGCUUGUAGCCCCUGUUGCUUCAUCAUCCCUUCUCGCCUGUGGGGACUGCACACCCGGUAUUGCACAAGUGGGGUGUGUGUCUGAGCACACAGAGUCCAGCCCCAAACCAAAGGGUUGAUACUCAGAGGAACUGAGCUCUCUCUGGAGGAUUCUCAAGGAGAUUCAGGCUGGUUUUUGUUUGAGUUACCUUUAAACAAAUAUUAGUCAUGAGUCCAGGGUGUUCGGUCUGCUAUUUCCUAGCACUGAACCUCUGUGCAGCUCUUCAGAGGGAAGCGAAGGGUAGAAGUCCCCUUGAUCUUGAAAUAUUGAAUCUUCCUGGAAUAGAUAUCUUUAAAAACACCCUAAAUAAAAAGGCUGCCUUUGGGAGCACGGCAGAGAUCUGGUAGGUAGGAAUGCUGACACUGCGCUUUCUUUAUCCUUUUGUAAAAGUUUAAAACUUCCCCGACUCUUCCCUGGCGUGUGGUUUGGAAUCGGGAACAGCAAUUUUGACCAUUUCCAGUAAAACUCGUGCUCUCUGCCAGCCCUUCUUUGAAGCUGCGGUGCCCAUCGGCUGCGGUUCCUGUGUCUGGAGUAACCAGCGUGUCUGUCCUCAGCCACUUUGUGCAGGGGCUGAGGAGGGAGGAGGAUGGAGGAGCUGGGACUUAGUGUGGAUUCAUCUUAAAUGUGCCUUGGGCAUAUCUGUUCAGCGGAGCGGGAUUUGCCCUUCCUUGCACAGAUGUCUGAGUUGAAAGAUGGAGGGCUGUGUUCCAGGUGUGCUUUGCCAUUAUCCCCAGUAUCUGCAGACUUUUAUGUAAGGUCUGGGCUGGAGCCUGAUUCCUCCAAGAUGUCUCAGGCGGUGGCCUUGUAAAUGAGUCACGGUGAGUCAAAUUCCAGUUUGAACACCUGCGGAGCAGCUGAUCCCUGCAGGUCUUACGAAAAGAGGACUUGAACCCAGCAGACUUCUUGCUGCCAUUGCUGUUUGUGGCCUUUAAUGGUUGUUGGGUUUGCAUCACUUUCAGAUGAUUUUUAGGAGCCUCUGACAGGGUUUGGGUGGUGGAGGGAUGCGUGUGCCCAUGUGCACUCACUCGUACGUACCAUACUCUUAAGGCAAAGAUAUUCAAAUGGGCUUUUAUAAAAGCUUUUUGUGAACCAAGCCCAGAGCUCUGGUGGGCUUCCCUGUACCUUGUCCCCUUGGUGUCCUGCCGCUGUGCCCUGUGCUGAUGCUGGUCCUGUUCCCCCAUCUAGUGGAAGACAAGGUGAAGGACCAGCUGGAGGCUGCCAAGCCGGAGCCCAUCAUCGAUGAGGUGGAUCUGGCAAACCUGGCCCCCAGGAAGCCAGACUGGGAUUUGAAGCGAGAUGUAGCCAAGAAACUGGAGAAGCUGGAGAAGAGGACGCAGAGAGCCAUCGCUGAAUUGAUACGUGUGUUAUCCUGCCGCAGGGAUGGUGUAUGGGGUCACCAGUUGUUCCAGAGGGAUUACACGAUCCUUAUUGGGAGCUCGGUUCCUUGCUGUUGGGUUAGGGAGGGACUGGUGGAGCUUGAUCCCCUUCCCAAAAGGGUCUGUGAAGCUGUCCAUCCCAAGUAGCUUCCCCAAGGCCACACGCAUGCUUGGCUUGCGCAGCACGGAAGGAUGGUUUGUGGGCUCGGGGGUGGCAGUUCAAGUCCUCCGCUGUGUAGGUUCCCCGGUACAGCUGCUUUAUUGCUAAGCCACUGCUGUUUCUC